AUGGUAAGAGGAGGAAAUCAUGGAGUUAAUGGCGUUAAAAUCUUUGGCAAUGAAAAUAUAAAUGUCAAUGACCCUUUGAUGGAUAGAUUCUUAUUGGGCCAAAUGAUUCACUACCCUAACCAUCAACAAAACAAUGCAAGUAUGUUCCCUUACUCUUAUGGUUCCAACCAUGAGUUUAUGUGGCCAAAUUAUACUCAACAAUCAAGCUUUGUUGUUGAUGGGGUCUUAGCAAAUGAAGAGGCUUUGAAGUGGACUAACUUCAACCAAACCCCCACAUUGUGCCUUAAAGACCUUCAAGGUUAUGGUGAAAACACCAACAUUGUGGGAAGAAAAACUAAGAAAGAGACUUCUGAGAUCUUGAUCAAAGGACAAUGGACAAACGAAGAAGACAGGAAACUGAUAAAGUUGGUGAAGCAAUAUGGUGAAAGAAAAUGGGCUCAAAUAGCUGAGAAGUUAGAAGGAAGGGUUGGCAAACAGUGUAGAGAGCGAUGGCAUAAUCAUUUGCGUCCUGAUAUUAAGAAAGAUAGUUGGAGUGAAGAAGAAGAGAAAAUAUUAGUAGCUACACAUGCCAAAAUUGGAAACCGUUGGGCUGAGAUAGCAAAGAAGAUUCCAGGAAGAACUGAAAAUGCCAUAAAAAAUCAUUGGAAUGCCACAAAAAGAAGACAAAAUUCAAGAAGAAAGAACAAGAAGAAUGAAACUAAUUUCAAGGGAUCAAAACCUAAGUCCUACAUACUUGAAAACUAUAUCAAAACCAACACCUUCAUCACUACAAAAAUUACCAACAUACCCUCUUCCUCUCAUAAUGUUGUUGAUGAUGUGAAUGAGAGUGAGCUUGUUCAUUCAAUCCAAUACCCUAAUUACAACAUGCACUUGGAUACUCCUACCUCUAUGAAUAAUUUCCUUCCUCAUGAUCUUUACCUCUCUCAAUUGUUGAAUAUGUAG